ACUGUGUAGCACCACUAUCAAACCGGUUACCGGGGCCGCUCGCUACCGUCAACUUUAGGGAAAUGGAUAUCAGCUCGAGAGGAGUGAACGGGAGCCCGAACGGCCCCCACUGCGCGUGUGUGUAGAACGAGCUCAUAAAGGCGCGUGGUCUUUGCGCUGCGGCCGCCUCCGUUUUAUUUCUCACUGCUCCUCUUCGGACGCAGUUCUGUGCUGCUGAUCGGUCGGUGGCUUCGGCAGGAGCGGCUGUUCGGUUCUGUUCUGCUCGGUGUACAUGAGCGCUCGUGUCUGUUGUCUGUAUGUGUGAUUUGCGCGUGAACCGGCAGAAUCAAAGUAGAAGCAGGCCAGCGCGAGCCAGCAAGAAAGGCAGGCAGGCAGGGCAGAGAUGCAGCCCGCGAGCGCUCAGCUAGCCACCGUGCGUACACUGCAAGAGAUGGUCACGUCCACACCGGGGAUCUUCCUGCUGCCCAUGCUAAUAUGUCUCCAGCACUGCAUUAACGUCCAUGGUACUAAGACGGAAUGUGAGGCCAGCCAGUUUCAGUGUGGAAACGGUCGCUGCAUCCCGUCCGUCUGGCAGUGCGACGGAGACCAGGACUGCACCGACGGCAGUGACGAGAACUCCUGUGUUAGAAAGACUUGUGUCGAGGUGGACUUUGUGUGUCGCAACGGCCAAUGUGUCCCAAAGCGGUGGCACUGUGAUGGGGAGCCUGACUGCGAGGAUGGGUCCGACGAAAGCGUAGAAAUCUGCCACACAAGGACAUGUCGUGUGAACGAGUUUAGCUGCGGAGCGGGCUCCACUCAGUGUAUCCCCGUCUUCUGGAAAUGUGACGGAGAGAAGGACUGUGACAGUGGAGAGGACGAGGUCAACUGUGGUAACAUCACCUGUGCUCCAAAUGAGUUCACGUGCGCCAGUGGCCGCUGCAUCUCCCGGAACUUUGUGUGCAAUGGCGAGGACGACUGUGGCGACGGCUCAGAUGAGGUGGAGUGUGCACCGUCCUCCUGCGGCCCCAGUGAGUUCCAGUGUGGAAACUCCUCGUGCAUCCCGGCCAGCUGGGUGUGUGACGACGACGUUGACUGCCAGGACCAGUCAGAUGAGUCUCCGUCUCGUUGCGGCCGUCACCCGACUCCACCUGCCAAGUGUUCAUCCAGCGAGAUGCAGUGUCGCUCAGGAGAGUGUAUUCACAAGAAGUGGAGGUGUGACGGAGACCCAGAUUGCAAGGACGGCAGCGACGAAGCCAACUGUCCUGUACGCUCGUGUGUUCCGGAUCAGUUCAAAUGUGAUGAUGGAAACUGUAUCCUGGGCAGCAGACAGUGUAACGGCGUCAGAGACUGCGCCGAUGGAUCAGAUGAAGUCAACUGCAAAAACUUGACUCAGUGUAACGGACCAGAGAAGUUCAAGUGUCGCAGCGGGGAGUGUAUCGAGAUGAGCAAAGUGUGCAACAAGGUCCGAGACUGUCCCGACUGGAGCGACGAACCCAUCAAGGAAUGCAAUCUAAACGAGUGUCUCAUGAACAACGGCGGCUGCUCUCACAUCUGCAAAGACAUGGUGAUCGGCUUUGAGUGUGACUGCACGCCGGGACUUCAGCUCAUAGACCACAAGACCUGCGGAGACAUCAAUGAGUGUGUGAACCCCGGCAUCUGCAGUCAGAUCUGCAUCAACCUGAAGGGUGGAUACAAGUGUGAAUGCCACAACGGCUACCAGAUGGAUCCGACCACCGGCGUCUGCAAGGCUGUUGGUAAGGAGCCCUCCCUGAUCUUCACCAACCGCCGUGACAUCCGUCGCCUGGGUCUGGAGAGGAAGGAGUACACUCAGAUUGUGGAGCAGCAGAGGAACACAGUGGCUCUGGAUGCUGACUAUAACCAGCAGAUGAUCUUCUGGGCUGACCUGGGCCAGAGGGCCAUUUAUAGCACUGUGCUGGACAAACGAGGGGACGUCGGCAUCCACAGCAAAGUGAUAGACAACGUCCAGACUCCUGUGGGAAUCGCCGUGGACUGGAUCUAUAAGCACUUGUACUGGUCUGAUCUCGGCACCAAAACCAUUUCUGUAGCCAACUUCAACGGAACCAAGCAGAAAGUUCUGUUCAACAGAGGCCUCAAAGAACCGGCAUCCAUCGCUGUAGAUCCGCUGUCUGGGUUCCUGUACUGGUCUGACUGGGGCGAGCCAGCCAAGAUUGAGAAAUCUGGUAUGAACGGAGUGGACAGACAGGUUCUGGUGGCGACGGACAUCCAGUGGCCUAAUGGAAUCUCCCUGGAUCUGAUCAAAGGCCGGUUGUACUGGGUUGACUCUAAGCUGCACAUGCUCUGUAGUGUUGACCUGAACGGAGACAACAGGAAGAAAGUUCUCCAGUCUCUGGAAUACCUGGCUCAUCCCUUCGCUCUCACAGUUUUUGAGGAUCGAGUCUUCUGGACGGAUGGCGAAAAUCAAGCCAUCUUUGGCGCAAACAAGUUCUCAGGCUCGGACGUGGUGACGCUGGCCAGCAACCUGAAUGACCCCCAGGACAUCAUAGUGUACCAUGAGCUGAUCCAGCUGUCGGGUCCUAACUGGUGUGCAGAGAAAGGUGCAAAUGGAGGCUGUAGCUACAUGUGUCUGCCUGCGCCGCAAAUCAACAAACACUCCCCCAAAUACACCUGUGUGUGUCCAGAGGGACAGGAGCUGGCUGCUGACGGCUUACGCUGCGGACCUGAACAUUCUACCAAAGGUCCCUCAAAGGAUGAUGGAAAAGCCUUGAUACAGCCACCCCCAGAAGCCAUGAGCACAUCCAUCCAGGUGAACUCCACAGCCAGAGGGUCUGCUGCUGCCUGGGCCAUACUUCCUGUCUUGCUGCUGGCGAUGGCGGCGGCUGGCGGCUACCUGAUGUGGAGAAACUGGCAGCUGAGGAACCAGAAGAGCAUGAACUUUGACAACCCCGUCUACCUGAAGACCACAGAGGAAGACCUCAACAUCGACAUCACCCGGCACGGCGCCAACGUGGGUCACACCUACCCUGCGAUUUCGAUAGUGAGCACAGAUGACGAUUUAUGAUUGCCGGAGUGUUGCUUGGCGCCACGUUGUUCCCAUGCCGACGGUUGUCCGUAGCAGCAGCCCUUACAGUACGACCACAUGCCUUCUGAAGUGCAUUAUGUCAUUACCUUUUUAGAGAGGAUGACUUGAGGAAAUGUUAUUAUGUGAAUACUACAAUGAAUUGUGUGUCCAUAACGGUUUUCACUUGGUACGUCCAAAGUGUUCAGGAUUUCUUUUCCAUUUGGUCCUUAUUAUUUUCGGACCACAGCUUUUUGUCUUUUUUGCCCCGCCCCUCUAAAGGAGUCCGCCAUCUUUUCACAAGAGGAAAGAAACGCAGCGAAUUUCCUCAAUUUGAUCACCUCUUACUGGGCUUUCUGUGUUCAAACUGACAAGAGGACAGCGUACGUUUCUCUCCAAACGGAUCGACUCUGCUGGACAGGAUUUAAAACUGGAUCUGAGUGACGUGCUAAAGACAGCGUGAGAGACUACUUUUCAGAUUAUUAUUCAGAGUACAGAGGGGUCAAGGGUCAUCAGGAAGUGAGGCGUUCAUCGGCAAAAUAUAAACCAAACUUUGUCUUGCCUCCUCUGAUCCCACAGGCUCAGAUGUGUUAAUAUUUAUGUACGAUCAUGUUUUGGGCAGCAAUAUCUAAGAUGAAAUUUUUUUUAUUUGCUUAUUUCAUUUUGUUUUCUUUGCAAUGGUACCUUCUGGAGUGCAUUCUUACAAGCAUUUUUUUUUCAGCCAG